UAUCUUGCAGGUGAGGAUGAACAGUCUACUGAGAUGGCUGCAAGGUGGGAAGAUGAGAAGGUGACUGAAGCUGCCUCAGAUGGUUUUGUUGCUAUUAAAAUUGACACCAAAAGUGAAGCAUGCCUGCAGUUUUCUCAAAUUUAUCCUGUAGUGUGCGUUCCAUCCAGUUUUUUUAUAGGAGACAAUGGAAUCCCUUUGGAAGUAAUUGCUGGCAGCAUUUCUGUUGAUGAGCUUGUUACAAGAAUCCAUAAAGUUAAACAGAUGCACACAGUAAAAGGGCAGCUUUUGGAAAAUGGAAGUCAGUCAUCUGCUCCCUGUCCCUCCUCUCAAUCUGAUGGUGCUCCAGAAAACACACAAUCCAGAGCAGCAGAGUCUUGUGACUCCCCCGAGUCUGUUACAUCUGAGACAAUGAGACCUUCUGCUGAUGGAGCAAAUUCAGAUCGAGCAAGCCAGGAAGCAACUAAUUCUUCAGAUGAGCAAGUGAGUGAUGCUCAGCCUGUGAACGAUCUUGCACUCAAAGUAGAAAGAAUAACAAAAAAGCUUGAAGAAAGACGAGAAGAGAAAAGGAAAGAAGAAGAACAGAAAGAAAUUAAGAAAGAAAUUGAACGGAGAAAAACUGGUAAAGAAAUGUUGGAGUACAAAAGGCGACAGGAAGAAGAGUUGACAAAACGUAUGUUAGAGGAAAGGAACAGAGAAAAGGCAGAAGACAAGGCUGCAAGAGAGCGUAUAAGACAACAGAUUGCAAUGGAUCGUGCUGAGAGAGCAGCUCGCUUUGCAAAAUCAAAGGAAGAAGCAGAAGCUGCAAAAGCUGCAGCUCUUCAGGCUAGGCAGGCUGAAAUAGAGGCCAGAAAAGAAGCAUCUCAAAAGGAGCGAAGUGCAAUAGCCAGGAUUCAGUUCCGCCUUCCAGAUGGAUCUUCCUUUACUAACCAGUUCCCAUCUGAAGCACGGCUAGAAGAAGCAAGGCAGUUUGCUGCCCAGACGGUUGGUAAUGCUUACGGCAGUUUUUCACUGGCAACAAUGUUUCCCAGAAGGGAGUUUACCAAAGAAGAUUAUGGAAAGACGUUACUGGAACUAGAGUUAGCACCCAGUGCUUCAGUUGUGUUGCUGCCGGCGGGAAGACCUGCUACUUCUGUGGUUCAGGCAUCAGGCGGUGAUCUCUGGAAGUUCUUGGGCACAAUACUUUAUCCCCUCUUAGCGGUUUGGAGAUUUAUUAGCAACUUCCUGUUUACAAGUCCACCCCCUUCACAGUCUGCUGUGAGGUCAGCUCAUCAGCCAGACCAUCCCAAUCCUUCAGCAUCCAGCAGCAUUGAGCAAAGCAGGCAAGCAGUCAGGAAACGAGUAUUGGAAAAGCGGGGGGAAGACUUCAAAAAAGAAGGAAAAAUAUAUAGACUGAGGACUCAAGACGAUGGAGAAGAUGAAAACAAUACUUGGAAUGGAAAUUCUACACAACAAAUGUAGUUUUGAGCAAUUGCGGUAAUCACUGUCUGAUUUGGGGUUAUUUUUCCUCUCUCCCCUUAUUUGAUCUAAGUCAACUAAA